AUGGACGACUCGUGCCCUUGCGAGGAAGCGUGCCAUCUCCUCGACGACGAAGGCAAGCAGGUCCGACAUCGACAUCCCAAGCAGAAAAGAUCUCGAAAAUCGUUGUACCUCUUGUCGAUAAUCCUGACGAAUCUGGUGACUGCCAUAGCCGCGUUUACAGUCGGACAGACAUGGCAACGGCAUCGAGACCAGAGCUCGAUUCACAGUCAACUACACACGCCGCAAGAUGAGACUUCCUUCUACGCAGACAUCGACCAAGACUCGAGACAUACGGUGAAAUUCUCGCCUUUCUCAUUAGAUCCGAAGGCGUCGCCGUACACCUCGCCGCCAUCCCCGGAAGUCGAUCAAGCAUGGAGGGAUCUAGGAGUCGAAUACUUUACUUUUGUUCUUCCCCUCCCCCUGGGCCCAACCUUCAACAUCGACCCCUCCCACGCCAUAAUCCCCGCGGAUGCCCCAGGAGCACACAACGAAUCCGGCUACGCCGUCGACAUGGAAGCCAUGCACCAACUGCACUGCCUAAACCUCCUGCGCAAAGGCCAGUACUUCAACCACGAGUACUACGCCGCCGCUGAGAACCUGCUCGACCGCCCCUCCUGGGCGUUCCGGGAUCCCGAGCGGAAUGUACGAGGCCAUAUUAAUCAUUGCAUUGAUGCGUUGAGGGAGAGGAUUAUGUGUGCGGCGGACGAUGAGGUGUUGCCGUAUUUUUGGCGAGAUGGUGAGGGGAUGACGAUCUCUGAUUUUGCCGUCACGCGGCAGUGUAAGAAUUUCGAGGCGGUGAGGAGUUUCGCUGAGAAGCAUCAGUUGGACGAUUGGGGCACUUCCUAUGUGCUCAAGACUCCGCCAGAUGCUUAUAUAGCAUCUGAUAUAUUAUAG